AUGUUUUGCACUGACAACUCCAACCAAAGCUUGAAGCAGACUGGGGCGACUGGGUCGCGUCUUACGGCAGUCUCGUACUCACCAGGCCACUCUGAAGUUGAUUUGCCAUUAUCGAGUAUAUUGUACGAUAACAUCUAUCACAAGUUUGAGCCUGUUCUCGAAAUAUACAACCAGGAGUUUUGCAAAAUCCCUUUAACUUUGGACCUCCAGAUCAAUCCGUUCCGAUACGGUACACGCCUUAAUCUGGAACCUCUAUUUUUGGUUCACGCUGUAAUGGCAUUAGCUGGCCAUCAUGUAGAAAGUACCCGGAGCCAGCAGCGUUGCCAUACCGCACUUCGAUUGCUCCGUGAACGUCUAAGGACGCCCCUUGAACCAGAAGAUGCAUACAGUAUGCUUGCUGCAAUUAUAAGUCUCUUCUCGUUAGAUGAGACCCAAUCCGCCCUUGGAAAUUGGAGAAUACACCUUUCGGGCGCCUACGCCCUCCUCGAGGCAUGCGGCGGCAUCAGACGAUGGGCUAUAUCUGCCCGGGUACUUGCACAAGUAGGAAUGCUGACGUGGUGGGAUGCCAUCACCAGUCUGGUAUCUCGAGAGGACUGUGUGUUUCCGUACGCAUAUUUCGAAGCCGUGUUAUCAAACCGUAACGAAGACGACUUGGACUACUACAGCCUAUGUGGAUGCCCUCAAAAGCUCGUGGAGACAGUUAUGCGAUUAGCACGCCUAAGUGCAGAGAAGAGGAAGUCAUCAUCGAUACACGACGCCACAUUUGACAAUACUAUAAUCUCAGACAUCGCGAAGGUUCUCCACUCGUGGCAUCAUUUCCCUCCCCCGUCCGCUUAUUAA